AUGGGCCCCGCGGGGUGCUGUCCCCGGCGGUUCACGGCACCGGCGGCUCUCGGCGCUGUGUUUCUAACCCCCAGGGGCAGCGAGGACGAGGAGCAGCCGCAGGCAGAGGCCGGCUCCGGCGGUGCAGACGAGAAUAAGCCUUCACCCAGGGAGCUGGAGGAGCUGGAACUGCUGAACAAAGCCUUAGAGAAGGCACUGAAAGUCAGGAAAAGCAUCUUGAAGACUCCAUUAGAAGGCCAGGGAGCUGUAAGAGAGAGCUCUGCAGGGGAGGGACCUGCUGCCAAGAAUGCCAAAGAGCAGCAAGUGCCUGUUCCUGUUGGGGAUGCUCCUGAGAGCACAGAGGUGAAAGCUGUCAGCAAAAAGCCUGCCCCUUUGAAGAAGCCUUCUCCAUUCCAGCUAAGAGCACCUUAUAGGACUGACCCAGAUGUGAAGAAACUGCAGAGGAAAGCCCUGGCCAGAUGUGCUUCUCAAGGUCCCCAAACAGCUGGCAAGAGCUGCCCAAAAGGAGUGGUUGGCAAACAAGGAAGGGCUCACAGGAGAGCAAUGAGUGCCAGUGACAGAGGGGUCUGUGCUCCAGCUGAACCCCAAAACUCUGCUCCUCCAGGCUUCUCCAGGUCUUUCCUGAAUCAGCAACAAAGCUUUCCUGCAGGGGAUUCAGCAGGGGGAAACAACUCUCUAGCUGCUGGCAAGCAGUUACUUGGUGCAGGGAAGAGAAGUUGUGGUUUCCUGGGAGACUCCAGCAGAAAGGAGGACCCUGCACCUGAAGGCUCCCUGGGGAGGAGCACCUCACCUCAGGCAGUCACCCUGCAGGAGAAAGGAUGCCAGCUGCAGCUACCCCUUCCCUACAGGAAAGCCUAUUCCAGGAAUUCCAGGGCAUGGCAGAGAUGUUGCCUCUCCCAGAGCAGUGUGGAUGCAGCAGCAGCAAGGAACCACUUUCUAGAGAGGAUCCAGAGCACUUUCUGUCCAAUGCCAGCCCUCAGUCCUGCAGAGAUUGAGGAGGAGUUAAAGGCUCUCCAAGAUGUCCCCUCCCUGCUGAGCCACUACAUGGAAGCUGAGCCUGAAGACCAUGCCACUCUGCCAGGAGAGUAUGAAAGCCUUCUGACCUUGGAGGCUUUGCUGGCCACAGCUUCUCAGUGCCUGCACAAGCUGCACCUCCUGCAAGCAGCUGUGGAGGCCCAGGCCAAGCUGUGCCCAGGCUGCUCUGGGGCCAUGGGAAGCUGCCCUCCAGCCUGUGCUCCUCCCAAGGGACAGAUGUGUGGCACUGCAGGUGUGCUGGCCCUGCCUCUCCUCUCUUACUCCAGUUCCCAGGAGCUGAGGGACCUCUUUGCCUUGAAGCUGCAAGUGGCAAUGCUGCACCAAGAAAUUGCCUUGCAAAAGGUCAUGAUGGUGGAACUGCUGCCUGGGCUGGAGUCCAGGCUGGGCCUGGAGGCCUCUGCAGCUCAGCUCUACAGGGCUAUCUACACCCAGCUCUGCCAAGGGGGGCAGAGGUUCCCAGUGCUGGUGAGGGAUGAGCUGGCAGACUGAGCCCCUGCCAGCCUCCUGCAGCUGAGCACCAGCAGCACUUU